AUACCUUGCGAUGACGCCAAGCUGCUGGGUGCGCUGCAGGCACCUGCCCAGGGAAUGGCGGGGCUUUGGGAUUAAUGCAUGAACGUAAACAAUAAAUUGAGAUGACAGUGACCAGAGGGCCUGUUUACUACGGGCCCAGAAAGCUGGUAAAUUUGUCGGUAGCCAGCGCGUCGUGCUGGGAGAUAUGUCUCGAGUUUUCUUUUCUUUUCUUCGAGUUUUUAUCAAUCGUCUGCUCGACAUUCGGCGGAUCUGCAUGCCACCUUUAGUGGUCUUAGCCCCUGUAUCUUGCUCGGCAAUGUUAACCGUUCAGACCCGAGCCGGCCGAAGCGAAAUCAGGGUCUGGCAGGCUGUUCUUCGUUACCAUUAAGCCAGUCUCGUCGGGCCGCUGGUCCUCAAUAUGAUGCCAUCGUCCUCGGUGCUUCCAGAGAGAGAGAGACGCCGUCCUGAGCCGGCUACAUCAUCACGUCCAACGUCUCGCCAGUCUGCCGUUGUCAGGAGUAGUUCAAAGUUACAGGUGUUACAGCAGCAUCACGCGCUGAAGAAAACGCCACCUGCCGCUGCUACUGUGGGGAAUUUGACAGCGGGCAGCUGCACCACCACCACACCUGCGGGAGCGAAAAGCACGCGAAUCACGGCAACGCAUCCAACCGCACCGCCAAGACAAACUGCCUCCACGCUUGUUGCAGUCAGUGUCCGGCAUCCGCUUCGGGUUCGCGAUCAAAAUGUUGCCCCGAUACGCCAACCUCUAAAACCACUGCCGAGCUCCAGAUUGCGUCUGCCGACGCCCGCCAGGAUGCCGUAUGAAAGGCCAUCCCCUGCCAGCGCCCGCAUCCCCUCGGCCAUGCCUCAGAUGCCAACCGUCGCGAGGGCGAUCAACAAACAACCACCUCUGACGCCCAAGAUUGCCACGCGGGCCUCAACAACACCACAACAACAUUACCAACAACCACAGCUUCAGCAAACCCCGACGCUCGCAACACCGCUCCCGCGACGAGGCCCUCGACCCGAAUCCGUUGUCCUGAGCACCAAUGGCGCCGUUUCGCGAGACAGGGAGGAACUGGCAUCGCCCGUCACGGCAUUUCUGAACUGCAACAUUACUCCGCGGUCAGGCUCGAGACAGGGUCGCGUCAACAGCACAAAUAGCACACCGAACGGUACCCCCAGUCUAGAGCGCCAUGAUUCAUGGGAGACACGGUCGGGGUUGGGUAUUUUGGCGCCUGGAAGCGAGGAUGUUCCAACGCGGUUGGCCGUCGCCUUCAGCCCGCUCCCCGACGCCGGUGGUGGCACGAGACAGGACUCAGAUCUGGAUUCCAAGUUCUUCUACGCGUCUGGCGUGCAGAAACAAUCGCAACAGGCUACCUCCGCGAAGCCGGUCGUGGCGCCCCAACAGAAACCGGCCACUUUUUUCUACGCAAACGGGGACACCAUUGGGCAGCGGGACAAUGCCUCGCCGGUGCCUCUUGGCCCUGUGCUGGCAACGCCCGCUCCUACCGACACUCUUAUGAGUAAAUUUAUCUACGCCAACGGUUUGCCAGAUCUGCAGCUGCCAGUGAAGCCUAGCUUCUCGCAGGCCACUGGGUCGGGCUCUGUUGUUUCGUCGGCCUCAAGGAUACCAACUAGCAAACCUGGAGCUGGGGCCAUGCAAAGCCCCUAUACGUCGCCAAGACCCUCAUCACCCGUCAAGAUUUCUCCUUAUCAGGCCUCCAAAAAUGUAGUAAAUUCCAGUAUCCCCUCCGCCAGAUCUACUGUUUCGGCGGCUCCUCUUGUCCUUGGCCAGGCAAACCAGUGGAAGCCGAACAGCGAGGCCCAUUCCCGGUCCGGAGGAGCGUCAUCUCACACUCGCACCGGUAGUCUGAUCAUUGCUGAGCCUCCCGCCGUGGCGAGGAUCAUGUCAGCCCAUGGCUCGCUCCCAUCGCCUGAAGCCCCCUCUCCAUCAAAUAUUUCUGCUCCUCCAGCUCUCCACACCACCAACCCAGCAAUCGCCGGUUUUGCCUCUCUUCUCCAAGCUGCCGACGAGUUUGCUGAGCCGGAGGAGGCUAGUUCAGAGUCUCUAAAUAGCCCAACUAAGUCAUCAUCGCAGGAAGGCCAACUGACCGACCUCGUUGCCAGCGCGCGGCGAGAGCGCAAGGUCCAGGACUUGCAGAUUACAAAUGCGAGUCUAGAAGCCAUCAACCGCACCCUGGAGAGGCAGCUACGAAAGCAGACGACGGAACUACGGCGCUACAGGCGGCUUUCUCGUUCUGGCCGCCUGAGCCUGAACUCCAAUACUGGAAGACGUAUCCCGUCAGACUCGAGUGUAGAUGGCGGGGCCUUGGCUAGAGCCGGGAUGGGACUCGAUGACCUCAGCGAGGAGGAGAGCGAGCUGGAUGCCCAGGAGGAUGAGUCGGAUGAUGAGUACCAGUCCGACUCAGAGGCCUCAGGGGAGCUGAGCCCCAACACCAUGGCGUUCAGGGACGCACGGCACCGACAGAAGGACGAGCAGAGGCUGCGAUUAGAUCUUUCCAAGCAUCAACAGAUGCUCAUCGACAGCCAAAAAAUCAACCAGAGCCUUAAACGGUGUCUGGGAUGGACGGAGGAGCUGAUCAAGGAAGGCAAGCGCGCCCUCGAGUACCGGGUCCGGGUCAGCGAAGUUGAGAUCGGGGGUAGGGUUCUUGCCCCUGAAGAUAUAGAGGCAAGAGAGGCCCGGGAAGCCAGGGAAGCCAACGGCAAUGCCGAUGACAGUGGCCCGGACGGAGACGAUGAAAUUCUACUUCGGGUACCAAAGUCGACAUUUAACUCUGAAAACGGGGCCGACAUACGGCCUUGGAGCAAAGACCCGCAAGAUAGGGAUAGCGGGAUUGAAUUGCCUACGGAUGGCGGGUAAUGCGGCGAGCAACAAAAAAUCACACAAAGACAAGAAUUUAGCGGCCAGAUCAGGUGGAAACACCAGCUAGACGGUCGCCCGUCGCCUCACUACUCUCCA